AUGAACAGCUCUCUUGCUGAACCUCUCCAUUAUGCGGGGGGCUACCAACCCCAUGACUCCAAGGAAUGGAAGGUGAUCAUUCCCGCUUUCUUGGGGAUGAUUUGCCUGGCAGGCUUUGCCGGGAAUGUGUGUGUAAUUGGAAUCUUAAUGUACAAUACAAAGAAAGGGAAGCCUUCGAUGAUUCAUUCUUUGAUCUUCAACCUCAGCCUGGCAGAUCUGCUCCUCGUUCUUUUUGUCCUGCCCUUCAGGGCAGCGGCUUAUUCUCAAGGAGUCUGGUACUUGGGUUGGUUUCUUUGCAAAGCUUCUGACUGGUUCCAACAAGCUUGCAUGACAGUGAAGAGUCUAACUAUUGCUGUGGUGGCCAAGACAUGCUUCAUGUAUGCAAAUAAUCCAGCGAAACAAGUGAAUAUUAAAUGGCACGCCAUCUGUGCAGUGCUGAUGGUUAUUUGGCUGGUCGCCUUGGGAAUCCCACUACCUUUGUGGUUCUUCAGCAGCCUUUGGGAGCCAGAGAUAGGCUCAUCUUCGUGCAUUGUUAUUAUUCCAGCCCAAGCUCAUGAGUUUAUGUCAGCCUUUGUCAAAUUUUACCCCUUCCUGGUGUUUUGUGCCCCUCUCACCUUUGCUUUCUUUUAUUUCUGGAGGGCGUAUGGUAGAUGCCAGAGGAGGGGGACCAAGACUCAAAACCUAAGGAAUCAGAUUCGAUCCAGGUGUUUGACAAUGAUGCUUCUGAGCGUUACCGUUACUUCUGCUGUGAUGUGGUUUCCUGAUUGGAUAUCUUGGUUCUGGCUCUGGCACCAGAAGAAGAAUAGACCUGCUCUCCCACAAGGUUUCAUGGCCACUACCCAGGUUUUGAUGUUUGCCAUCUCUUCAGCAAAUCCUGUUAUCUUUGUACUCAUGUCUGAAGAAUUCAGAGAGGGUUUUAAAGGUCUAUGGAAAUGGUUUACACUGAAAAAGCCUCUACCUCCUACAGAAGAUCUGGAGGAAACAGCAGUUGAUAACUUGGAGGGAAUCCCGAGCAAUGCUCCUUCACCAGAGGCAAUGACUCCUAAUCAAGAGGAAGAGCCCCCCUCUGUCCCUGCUACCUCAGAAGACUUGGAGAUGCCCAUUUUGCCAGAUGUUGAGCAAUUCUGGCAUGACAGGGAAGCUCUUCCUGAUGCUCAAGAGAAUGAUCCUGUUCCUUGGGAACAUGAUGGACGAGAGAUACCAGGCUGUGAUCAACAAAAGUGCAAUUAG